UUAGCAGAUAGGACUGGCUGUUGAUAAUUCUGUACAGUUUUCUGACUUUUUUUGUUGUGUUUCUUUCUUGACUAGACAGUCUUUGUCUAUGCGGAGCUCGGCAGUCUCCGUGAAUCAGGGUUGUUUCAGGUCACCUGUCUCCCCCUCCCCAUUCUGUGUAUUCGCCUUGUCGAAUCCUAGCCUGCUUUGUCCUCAUCUCACCUUUAUCGGUGGCAAGCUAGUACCAUUUCCAUCAGUCAAGCUGAUGUGGCAUUUUCAGGACUCACUGGAUAAAUUAGGUUACCUUGCUGAUUUUACCUUGUACAUAUCACUCAGUGUGGCUGCCUGGUCCCAGGACCACUAAUUACCACCUAUUAUCUGGUGAUUAGGUGCUCUGUGUUUGUGGCAGACUAUUUGUUUUAUUUAUUGUGUGUAGGUGAAUAAGGAAUUCCCUUCAUGUAAAAAAAAAAAAGAAGAAAAAAAAAGAAGAGAGAUCUCUGCAGCCAGUUACCUGACCUACACUGUGUUCUGUGCACUACAACAAGCCUGGGCUGGACUGAGCCAGGGUUAACUCAGUUAACAGCAUCUCAGCAGCCCUUUGUUUGAGGACACACACCUGGGUGUUCCUCUGUGGUGUUACCUAUAGCAUUUAUGUGCAAUCUUUUGCCUUUUUUAAGUGCUUACACUCUCUCUCUUUACAAAUUUCUGGUUUUAUGAGAUCCGUAACAGACUGUUUGCUUUAAUCUGCAUGUUCUCUGAUUCUCCAAAUACCUGGUGUCUUUUGUGACUUUUCCAGCCAUACUUAUUUACAGCUUUCUGGAGAUCAUCCCAGCCUGUCUGGCAGAGUGUGACAGUGACUGGAUCAUCAAUGGUGCUUUCUGGCCAAGUCCAGAUGGAUGACUAGCUAGAAUUGCUAGACAAUCCUUCUGUGGUGCUAGACUGGUGUAGGCGAUUGUUCCUUUGCCAUGCGUCCAGCGCCCACUACAAGCUUCUGCGCUGUAAUUUAGGCACAGCUACGUUCUUAAAUGUCAGUGUGAGAAACGAAAAAAUAAAAAAAGCAAUCCGUUUUCUUGGCUUGACAUUGGUGCCAAACUUGUAACCUUGUGUAAGUGGUCUCAGCAAGGUGUGCAUAAACCUUGUGCUCCUCCAAGGGAGUAAAGUUCAGCGGAUUGUAAAUAUUACUAGUGCCUCAACUCAACUGAGGUGUAGGUUCAGCCAGCCCGCUGCAGGACUGUAGGUGUAGUUUUGCCUCCUACUGAAGCGAGAUUGCUGCAGACUGUUUCAGUUUGGUUUGCAAGAGACUGUUAAUGUCAACAGACUGUUGUUUGCCUUCUCGGAUGGACUAUGCAGAACACAAGAUGUUAGAAGGUGUCAGCGAGGUUGAACUGAGAGCUAACCUGCUGCUUGUCAAGCCCCGUCUCAGAUAAGGGAGGAGAGCCGUCUUGGAAUACAACACUUGGCUCGUUUAUAUCAUAUGCGCCUGUGUCAACACUGGUUUCUCAGGUAAAUGACGAUAAUCUGGGCUCGCUAUUUGAACCAGGCAGUAAUACAUUUACAGGGUAGGAACAGCUGUGCGUGGAGACAUUUCCAUAAGACACCACAGUGAUGGUUUUCAAUUGAGCUUUCUAGCCGGGUGAGUGAGUUCAUGCUAAACAUCAGUGAGCCUCCAGCACCAUUCAGGGAACCCUGGGUUGGAAGUUCAGACCUGACCAAUCAGAUUUUAUUACCAUCACAACAAAGCCCACCGGUAGUCGUCAUCAGCCAAUGACCUACAUUCUCCGGUGUUACAUCACCGCCGUGCUACUGCAGUGUGUCACUGUACCAGACACAGGCAGCAUCUCAGAUUCAACCUUCUACUAUCUAAUGGUGCUCUAGAGAAAAAAAAAAAACAUCUUAACUGAGGUCGCCGAGUUUAGGGAACACACUUGAACCAAGGCAGGCUCACUUGCUGUAGCCAUAUCAGGAACCUCAGUUAAGAGCAGGCGCGACUCUGCCAGCCUGGUUUUAUAUACUAACUUUUUCAUUCAGUUCUUUUUUUGGUGUCUAAGUUCACAAUGUCUGGCCUCUAGCCAUCCACAGUCCUAACGUCGGAGAGGCAGGGAUCACCAUUAAUUUAUUAGACUGAGGGACUGUUAAACAGGGCAGCCUGGAGAACGGCCGAGCAAUCGAGGGAGGGGGAGAGGGGGAGGGAGAGAUCAUCUGGAAGAGGAGAGAGGAAGUGGUGGCGCGGGAGAGGGCGGAGGCGUUAGAGAGGCAGAGGUUGGCGGAGUACAUUGUGUGGAGGAAGAGAGAGGACUUCCAGGAUAAGAAAGGAGACAGAGAGAAAGGAGUAAAGAGUGCUGAGAAAGAGAAGGAGGCUGCGCCAGAAGUGAUCUGGAAGAGGCGAGACGAAGAAGGAGACGCAGGGCGAGACAGAGCGAGGGCCAUACAGAAAGGACAUGAGAACAUCUGGAGGAAGAGAGAAAGGGAGUAAAGAGCGACAGACUUGCGAACGCGUUCCACAUGACGAGUAGGUUUUAAAGAAAGUGUGCCGUCACCAAGAGUGGAGUCUAGCCAUACAUCAGUAAGCGUCCUCUCUCUUCUUUAGCAGUUCUGGGCUUCAUUCAGCUCUGCAGGUGCUUUCUGUAGUAUCGACCAGUUGAAGCUGUGUAUUAUGUGUGCGUUGCUGCUACGCUAGUGUGCACUGCCCCCUUUGCAAUCCCCUCGUUGGCUGCUAAUAGGAUUUUUAUGGUCUCGUGUCAAGAAGGAUCGAGCUGCCAGGGGGAGCAGCGUCACACGUGCACGCGCGCGCGCACGGCAGCACACAUACAUACACGGGCGAUCUAAGAAGCGUUGUGGGCAGGGAGAGGUUUAUAAUGCCUCAUGCAUGUUGACACAUCACGUACAAAUGCGCACCCUUCAGCGCAGUGAGACACAUGUGAGGGGGCGGUCAGAGAGACAAUCACUUGUGUUGAUUCUCCAUGGUGCUGGCAACAGCUGAGUAACUGGCCCUCACUCAGAGACUGUUAAGUUCCGAUGAGCUACUCACAAAUAUUGUUUUACAUAAUGGCAGGAUACCAAGUCGAACACUCUGAAAAGACCUAAGAAGGCUGUUUUUCCUCAGUCCGUGGGAACUCAAUGAACACUGGUGCAAAUUCCAACUGAACUGAAGACAACAUGAGCCGGGCUGGUGCACUAAAAAACUUUUUUCUUCUACAUUCUUCCGUUAACUGGGACACCCCGUUUUUCCUCUGCGCCUUUUCUCAUCCUGCUUUCAUCGUGGAUAAAGCCGUUUGGUGUUGGCUACCUGGUAAAGACUGGAGGACAGACAGCCAGACAGAUGGAUGCGGCUCUUUCACCGAGCGAGACAGACAGAUGGCUGUGUGUCCCUUUCGAGAAAAACUUUGAAUAGUGAGACAAAAAAGACUUUCGAUUGAAUCACUGGAGCCUGUGUGGACUUGUGCGGAUAUAAAAAGAGACGCUGCAGAUUAAUUAUGGAGCUUGUUCCGAAAACCAAGUACACCCACUUUCGGAGUGAAUCGCUGAGCUCAACCGAUGAAACAAACUCCAAUCCGUCGUCGUUCCCUCCUUCCAGCCCCGCCACUCCUCUCACUCCCUCACCUGGCUUACCGUCCUCUCUGUCUUCCUCGUCUCUCACUCCCAUCUUGCCUCCCGCCUCCCCUCGCCCGGCUGAGAACAGCCCCACCACCCUCUGCUCCUUCUUCCCCAGGAUGGGGUCGCUUCGCCUGGGCGUCUCUGCCACUCUCCUCCCAGGACUCAAGGCCUCCGGCAGGACGCAGCAGCCCGCCCCCCCUGUCGAGUCCUCCGGGGACGACAGGAGCAACUCCAGCUCCUCCCCUCCUCUCCAUCACCCUCUUCCCCUCCUAACUGCUCCUUCUCCCCCUCCUCGACCUCCCCUGCAGGACAUGAACCGGCUGGGAGGGGUGUCCAGGAGGGCACGGGUGGAAGGAGGCCAGCUUGGAGGAGACGAGUGGACGCGUCAUGGCUCUUUUGUUAACAAACCCACCCGUGGCUGGCUGCACUCUGACAAUGUGGUCAGUACCACUGGUGUUUCCUACACUGUACGGUACAUGGGAUGUGUGGAGGUGCUACAGUCGAUGCGAGCGCUGGACUUCAACACCAGAACUCAGGUCACCAGGGAAGCUAUCUCUGUGGUGUGCGAGGCAGUACCGGGAGCCAAGGGAGCCCAACGCAGGAGAAAGCCUUCCUCCCGCUGUCUGACGUCCAUCUUGGGAAAGAGUAACUUGCAGUUCGCAGGCAUGACAAUCAGUCUCACCAUCUCAACCAGCAGCCUCAAUCUGCUGGCCUCUGACUGCAAACAGAUUAUCGCCAAUCAUCACAUGCAGUCCAUCUCCUUUGCCUCUGGAGGAGACCCAGAUACAGCUGAGUACGUAGCAUAUGUGGCCAAAGAUCCAGUCAACCAGAGAGCGUGUCAUAUCCUGGAGUGCUCAGAGGGUUUAGCCCAGGAAGUCAUCAGCACCAUCGGCCAGGCCUUCGAGCUGCGGUUUAAACAGUACCUAAAGAACCCUCCCAAACUGGUCACACCUCAUGACAGAAUGGCUCCAUUCGACGGCUCUGCAUGGGAGGAAGAGGAUGACGAGACCGCUCCACCUCCUGAGGUUCCAUACUAUAAUAAUUUCCCUGGUAAACAGCCUCCCCCUGGUGGUCUGGUUGACAUGAGGACCCGCCCAGGAGCCACGCUGCCUUAUGGACAGCCAGGUCAGAAUGAAAUUCACAAGCAGCCUCUGCCGCCUCUGCCAGUGGGUGCUAAAGAAGGGCCACGGGAAAUGUUUGAUGACCCGUCGUAUGUCAAUGUGGAUAAACCUCGUCCCCCAGCUGCAGCGAAUGGAAAUGCUCACAGAGAUGCUUUUGACAUGAAACCACUGGAUGAUGCUUUGGGAGUCUCUGGGCACAGCGGUCCUGGUUCAGUGACUGCAGCGCCCUCUCUGGUGCAGCAGCUGCAGUGCGAAACCUGGUUCCACGGCAGCUUAAGUCGCAGGGAAGCAGAGAGGCUGUUGACCCGGGAUGGAGACUUCCUGGUACGGGAGUCUGGGACCACGCCCGGACAGUACGUCCUGACAGGACAGCAGGGAGGUCAACCCAAACACCUGCUGCUCGUCGACCCAGAGGGAGUGGUGCGUACAAAAGACCAUCGGUUUGGAAGUGUCAGCCACCUCAUCAGUUACCACAUGGACAACAGACUUCCUAUCGUGUCAGCUGGGAGCGAAGUGUGCCUGCAGCAGCCAGUGGAGCGCAGGGCCUGACACUGUACGCCAAUGACAGACUCCGCCAAAAAAAAAUCACACACUCACACAUUCAGCCGAAAACACACACAGCAACAACACUACACUUUACACACUUUCAAGAGAAUACAUGGACACACGCAUACAAAACAAAGUAAAACCAAAAAAAAAAGAAAGAAAGAAAGAAAGAAAAAAAGAAACAACAAAAAAAAAAAUCUGCAAAAUCACCCACUUGCUGCUGUUGCCACAUUUUCCUGCCGUUUCUGAAAGCCAAACUGUGACCUGCAGGCCUUCCCUCUGCAACACCACCAACCACCAGUCGCUUCCUUCCAAUGCAAUGCGGAGAAGCACUGCUGCAAUUUCUCAGCCUACUGUGAACCAGGGAGGAGCCCUUCACAAAUUUCAGAACGGGCAGAAAAAAAAUGCAAUUUUUUUUUUUUUUUUUAAAGAAAAAAAUACACGUGAUUAUGAAAAAUAAUUACAAAAAAAAAGAACAAUAACCUAUCCAUGGUAUCAUGUAAAUGUUGAACUGAAGUGUGCAGAAAGGAAGAUGAAUGGAGCUGAGAGUGUGAUCGCCAGCGCUUUUAGCCUGGUGUUUUAUUUGGGAGGAGAAAAUAGUUCUCUCUCUUCGGACUGUCGCUGGAGAAUUUUAGGCAAAAACAAGACUGACCCAGGCUCAAACCUAAACUCUGCCUUCAAGGAUCUUUGGAGCACUUCAGCAGCGGACGUGACUCUGACAACAACAUCCCGGCUGGAGGAUAUGCAUUUCGAAGUUUGCUUCCAAUCAAAUCAGGAGGGCCACAACCCCGACCCCCCCCCCCCCCCCCCCCCCCCCCCCCCCAGCCACUCCCCUUUUUGAGGACUUUGACCCUUGAAGGAAAGCCUGUAUGCAAAACUAGGACUGCUAUACCAAUGACCAUCAAAUAUGUUUGUGUUUUUUUUUCUGUUGUUUUUUUUUUAAUGCCUACUCUCUUGAGACAUUGCUGUGUGGAGGAGGAUCCAAACAGCUGUAUCUAAGCAAAUCACUGUAAGCGUAGAUACACACACCUUUACACAACACACAGUCUGCACCACAUGGCAUGCCAAAGAACAUGAACUUGGUUUAUAAUGAAAAAAGGAAGCUGUGACAAUUAUGUCUUGUGUGCUUAAAGGUGCAGUAUGUACAAUUUAAGUAAUGCACUUUUUUUUUUUGCAUUGGGUGGCAGUAGUAAGUCACCACAGUACCCUGUUUGUCUUCAGUUUGAGUUUGUUUUUUUGUUUUUUUAUUUUGAUUUUAUUUGUUGUUAGAAAGGCUAAGAGCUCCAGUCUCUGUUAUGUUUACUAUUCAAUCUGCUAUUUUUCUUAUCUGCUGGACUUACAAGACAGUACAAAAGGAAAACAUUAAUGGAAUUAAAUCAGCUAAUUUCAUUAAUUUAUAGAUUAAAAAAUACAUACUGUACCUUUAGAGCAUUGAGAGCGAACUUGAAAUGUGUUUUAAAACGGAUCUGGUGUUGAACAAAGAAGACUCUAGGUGAUUGUGCCUGAAACUAUGAACUAAAAGGAGAGUUUUUCAGUACACUGAUGUCACCAACAAACAUGGUAACUUGUACCUGUGGAGAGGCAUAGACCAGACCAUUUCCACCCGUCGCUUUUCUUUAACAACUUUGUAUGUGUUUGCCUUGACAAUCUCUGGGUGUUAUCUUUAAAGAGUAUUCAGCCUGAACGCAAAGCAGUGUAAUUUAGGACGAGCCUUUUAAAUGGUGCCCAGUGAGACACGUGGAAGAGUCAAAGCAAUGAAUAUCCCUCCGCAAAAAUAAUGCAAAGUCUGUAUAGUAACUGGUUGGAUAGUUUUUCCGUGUUGUAUUGUUGGUUAGUUGUUUUUUUUUAUCAUUUGAGGAAGAAUCGUCCUUGUGAGAGAAAAGAGAAGACAAAAUCCUUACGUGAAAUGACGUGCGUUAUGCCCCAGGUCCAGGCCAGGAGCUUGGAGCUACAUGACAAAGGACCUUUAUGAAAGCUUUUUGGAGCUUUAGAGGAAAAAAAAAAAAAAGAAAAGUUCAGCCAGUAGUUGCUCCUCAGUGUGCUGAUCUGGAAGGAGAAGUUCACUCUGUGGCUUUCUCCUCCUCUGCUCCCUCAGUUCAUGGCGGGUUUCUUUUUGAUCUUUUUUAAUCGUGCCUUGUUUCUUCAAUGCAGUCACGUCACUCCAAUGCAGUCACCUUAUGUACUUAACUCAGACGUUAUCAGCUCCAGGAGACUCUUACUCCGGUCUCUCUGUUUAACAGAUUCUGCAAAAAUGACACUCCAGUAAACACACGCGCAAACAGAUCCAGUGAUGGCAAUCUCCUCAGAUGCACGCACUCGCAUUCAGCUUCUAGUCACAGAUACUUGAUGUCACCAUCGUGGCGGGGACAGGUAUUUCCUGAUCAUCUGUAAAUAACAUCGAUUUCGACUGGUCCUCUCAGUAGUGGAUUGUUCCCAUUGUUGUAUAUUUAGUGACUCAUUCGAUAAGUAACAGAUCCAGACACCAGAGCGUUGAAGCAGCUCGUUAAAAAAAAGCAAAUCAGACAUGUCAGCCUGACAAAAUCCUUGGAACUAUGAGAAGGGAUCUUUCAAGUACCUUAAGCGAACUCACGUGUAAGCGAACAUGCACACAGACACAACGGUGUGACACCCGCUUCUCAGAUUAUUGUCGUUCAGAAUAGGGAAACCAGAGAGAAGCUCUGCCAUUACUGUGUGUGCUGGGAAAAAAAAAAAAAAAAAAAAAA